AUGAAACUGAAUAUUGCCUUGUUUCUUACCCUUUCAGCGGGCCUUUUAGGCGCUGAGGCCCGUCCGAAGGGUCCUAAGAAGGACUUUGUUACUGUCAAGGGUGGCAAGUUUCAGCUGAAUGGCAAGGACUUUUACUUUGCUGGGAGCAACGCUUACUACCUCCCCUUCCAGGAUGACGAAAAGGAUGCGUUGCGCGGUCUUACAGCUGCCAAAAAGGCAGGCCUCAACGUCAUGCGUACCUGGGGCUUCAACGACAGAAAUGCCACGACUGAUCCAAACGGUCUUCCCAAGUACGGAGGAGAGGGCGCAGGCGACACAAGCGUCUACUUUCAGACUUGGGAGAAUGGCAAGUCCAAGAUCAAUAUCGAGCGGUUUGACAGGGUGGUCAAUGCUGCGUCCAAGGCUGGAGUCAAGCUUAUUGUGGCUUUGACGAAUAAUUGGGCUGAUUAUGGUGGUAUGGAUGUUUAUACUGUUAACCUUGGGGGAAAGUAUCAUGAUGAUUUCUACCGAGUGCCCAAGAUCAAGAACGCUUACAAGCGCUACGUCAAGGCCAUGGUGAACCGAUACAAGAACUCGCCUGCAAUCAUGGCCUGGGAAUUGGCCAACGAACCUCGCUGCGGCGCUGAUGGAGUCCGCAACCUUCCACGGAGCGACAACUGCACACCCAAGCUUCUUUCCGACUGGGUCGACGAGAUGAGCGCCUACGUCAAGAGUCUCGACCCAGAUCAUCUCGUCACUUGGGGUGGUGAAGGUGGCUUUAACCGCGAGUCAGAUGAUUGGGCUUAUAACGGUAGUGACGGCGGUGACUUUGAUCACGAAAUCGCUCUUCCCAAUAUCGACUUUGGCGUGUUCCACACUUAUCCUGACUGGUGGUCAAAGACUGUCAGCUGGUCUAACCAAUGGAUCAUCGACCACGCCAAAUCCGGCGCCAAAGUUGGCAAGCCCGUCGUCCACGAAGAAUACGGCUGGUUGACACCCGAGGCCCGCAAGGAGUAUCUCAAUACUACACGACCAGAGACGAGAUUAGAAGUUAUCGGAAAGUGGCAAAAGAUCCAAGUGGAAACGAAGAUGCCGGAUAUGUACUGGCAAUUCGGCUAUGGUGGCUUUUCAUACGGAAAGAACCACAACGAUGGAUUCACGAUUUAUCUUGAAGACAAGGAAGCGAAGCAGCUGGUGUACAAGCAUGCCAAGGAGAUGAAUAAGCUUAACAAGAGGUGA